CCUCCUCCCAGAUUCUAUUCCAAGGGAGAGGUGCACAAGCCAGUCACAGGGAUGCAACACAGUGCUGAAAUACCCCUGGAGGAAGCAGUUCAUAUGACCAAUCAAGAAUCCGGAAUGGGUGUCAGGGAGGAUCUGAAGAACAUACGCUGUGCUGUCAUUUUUUGCUUGUUCUCUGUCCUAGCCCUGGCAUUGCCCACAGCCUAUCUACUGGUUGGAAAUCUCAGAGCCUACAAAUCUGGCCCAGCUCAGGUUGCAGAUGAAAGCGUGUCUAGAUUCCUAAAGCAACAGACAUCACCAAUUUCUUUAGUAUCCAGUGCAGAAAAGCCAAGAGCACACCUAACAGUUAAGAAACAAGAUCUUUCACCCCCCAUGGGAAACCAGUUUCCAGUUCUCCAGUGGGAACACGAGCGAGGCUUAGCCUUCACCAAGAACAACAUGAACUAUACCAAUAAGUCACUGGUGAUUCCAAAGGCCGGGGAUUACUACAUCUACUCUCAGGUCACUUUCCGAGGGUCCACUCCAAAUCACAGUAAACCAGGUUCCAUAACGCAGAUCAUCACCAAAGUCACGGACAGCUACCCUGAGCCUACCCAACUACUGACUGCCACCAAAACUCUGUGUGAGAUGGGAAACAACUGGUUCCAGCCAAUUUACUUAGGGGCAGUGCUUUUCAUGGAGGAGGGGGACAGGCUGAUGGUCAAUGUUAGUGAUAUCCAAUGGGUGGAUUACACUAAAGAACACAAAACAUUCUUUGGUGCUUUUUUACUGUAGGUUCUAACAGCAACGAAUAAGGGCUGCUUCUAAUUAGGGCUCUGAAUCAAGUGCAUCACUAAAGUCACACAGGAGUUUUGCUAAUGAUUUUAGUGAGUGCAGGAUCAAGAUGUCCUAGUUCCAAGCAUCUGUGCUCUCAAAAGCAGUUUCCUGACCUGUAUUCUCCUUCACCUGUGUGGCUGCGGUGCCCAUCAUUAUCCUUGGAGGAAGGAAAAUUCAAUUACAUGGCCCAUCCCAAUAUUAUACCAAAUAGAUCACACCACAUCAAACCACAGAAACACAGAGGGAGGCAGAGGAGAGAAAAAUCCAUUUCCAUGCUAAAGCUAGGAACCUCUUGCAUGCCUACAAGUGUUGCACAGAUAGUUUAUAGGUGACCGGGAACAAUAGUCUCAAACAAAUCAACUAAGCCUACAUUCCACCUCCAAUAAGCAACCCCCUUUGCCUUAAACAACCACUUUAAACUGUCCCCAAGUUUCCAAUGUAAUUUUGUUUGAUCUUUCUUCAGAUCACUCCUCUCAACAGGCAAUUCGUUCUUGGCAUGCCCUUAAAAAUAGAUUUGCUCAGUACUUUGUACUAAAAUCGAAAAUUAAAUCUUCAAAGGCACUAUGUAAAUCAUUAACUCUUUAAUUAAUCCCUUGCAACUGCCCUGGGAAGCAAAUUAAAAUGAUUUCUUGCAGUUUGCAAAACAAGCCAAUAGACAAAAACAUUCCUGAUAUUUUUUCUCCCAAGAAAUUUUGCAGGAAAUGGUGGCCUAUGUUGUUCUGGAUCCAUUUGCUGCCCAGAAAUGGCUCUUUUCAUAGCAUUGCUGAUGGGUUGUACCUUUUUACACUGGAACACACAAAAAAUGUUAAUGUUUCAGUGUAAAAAUUCAUCUCACUAUGAAAAAAGUCCUAAUAUUAGAACAGGUUGAAAAACUGGAUCAGGAGGAGAAAUCGGGGGGCAGGAGGGGAGGAGGGAAAUAAGAUUUUUAUUGAAAUUUUGAGCAAAAAUUUCAAAUUUUGAAUACUUUCAACCUGCUGUACAGCAGGUAACUGUAGUCACUCAGAAUUGGGACCAUUUUGAAAAUGUGUUAUGUUUCCUCAAAACUGAUGUUUUGCUUUGGUUUUGUAGCUUUUUGAGGAAAGAAACCACAAAAUUUCAGAAAUUUCCAUAAAUUGAAAACAAAAUAUCUUCCCCCCAACCCCACUUCCAAGAUGGCCAUGACUCCCCUCUACCCAGAUGCUCACUCCUGCAGUGAUUUCUCAAAUGAAAGGCUGCUGUAACUUUUUCUAGGCACUAGGCCGGCUCACACCUCGUGGUUCCUCUACACAGAGAGCUGGGUUAAUGUCAAGGCAACAGUGGGAGUAGGAACUGUAGCCAGGAGCAGAACUCAGGAACUUUCCACUUCUAGUCUCUUGCUCAGUCUUCUAGAUCAUACUGUCUCUCAGGGAAAUUCCCUGGCUUUCCCUCCACUCCCAUGAUAAACAAUUCACUGAUGACUAUUCAAAUCAUGUUCUAAUAGACUCAAGCUUUAUAUUGUUAAGUGCCCCUAGGUCUCAAACUCAGUCAUGUAAAGAACCCAAAUAAUGAAUUUUGCAGCUAGACACUCUCUCUCUCUCUCUCUCUCUCUCUCACUGGAACUUCCUCCACUUUCAACAUCUCUUUCCACGUGAUCAGUGAAAGUGAGACUGCCUUAUAUAUGUACUCAUAGUACUUUGCUGGAUUCCAUAUUGCUACAUGUAGCUGAGAUAUAUUUUCCUUCAAUGCAAGUGCAUGCCUCUCAUAAACCAAUAAUGAGAAUUCCACACAUUAGAGAAUGCUAGAGACCCUGACCAAGUUUAGUUGAUGAGUUCAAAUUUAAGGUCCUUAUAUAUACACACACUCCACAUAUAUAAUGCAGCUAGACUGGCAAGGAAGCCCGUCUGUUCUCUCCAUUGCAUUCCUCCUUCUAAGAGGAGAUACAUUAAGGAGAUGCAACAAUAAGCUAUCUGACAAGAUUAAUAGAAUAUAGGCUCUACAAGAGUGCAGUGUAGGGGAGGAAGAGAAAACAGCCGAGGCAAGUUGAGACAAGCGGGUGUGGGGGAGAUGGAGAGAGAGAAGCAUGGAAGGAGGCAAAAUGAUGUAACAGAAUCAUGGUCUGAGCAUUGCCACCGUGUCUCUGUACAAGCACAUUAGAGCUGGAAAGCUGGCUGUGCUUUAGGUUAGUUGCAAGGAUUCUCCAUCUUUUUCUUACUGCAAACCCUUUUGUAAGAGAAGAACCCUCCCAUGGCCCCCUCCUACAUUCUUCCCAACCCCCUAUCACCUGGCUCUCUUAAUACCUGUCUUAGAAGGCAACUAUCACCAUGAUAUCAAUGCAUCCAAAAACAAUUAAGAAGCACUGAACAUGCCCCAUGAGACCGUGGCUAUUGCCAGGCUCCCAGCUUCCAAAGUUUUUUAAAAAAAACAUGGUCUUUUCUCUUUUUGCCUCCUGCUUUUCUCCUCCUAGUUCCCUCGCUGUGGGUUAGGCCCAAGGAAGGUACCACUGUUAAGCUAAGACGCUGUCAUCACAGCACACCUGCCCAGGACAGGUAAUUUGCAGCAGCCUGAUAUUAGCACUUCUGUGAAGUGUAUCCAUGAAGGCAAAAUUCAAGCAGUUCUAUGACAGUUAUAGAAAUCCACAGAACUCUUUGUUUCUAUCAUGGGAUGCUGUGGCAUUAUUCUUUGAUCAUGAUGCAAUGCCAAUAAAUUUCUACACCUGAUUGAAAUAUAUGUAAAAAUCAAGUCAUCAAUACUUAAUGCCGGGUGCACUAAAUCAUAGUAAAAUGAGUUUAGGGGAAAGGAAUGGAACGUACAGUACAUGGCAUAUAAAAAAAGACUCUGUUGGAGAUAUCUAUAUAGAGACAAAUAGAUAUAUUCUGUUCAUGUUCUAGGAAGUCCUAGAGCAAUAAUAAGACUUUCCUCACAUGAGACGCAUACAAUUUCUUUCCAGUGUAUAUUUAUCAUACAUUUCACAGCCCGGUCGUAAUCACAGAUUAGCUGUUAGUAGUCCUCACCUUGUUAUCCACAAAACAAACCCAUAUUUAUUUUCCAGGAGUCUGUAUUUAUAGUCCACUUAAUGUAGGCUUUCAUAUGCAACUCUUCUUUGUGCUAUUGCAUUUAUGUACGUAAGUGAUUUUUCUUGCGUCACUUGUUUUAAAGUGGCGGUGGCAUAUUAACCUGCACAUAAUCUCCAGUGGAAAUUUUCUCUGUUAUUGUGCUUCUGUAACAAUGAUGGUGACCAGUAUGUAUACAAAGAAACAGAUUUUCAUCUCAUUUCCACUGGUGUAUAUCAGGAGAAUCUCCACUGAGAGGAUAAUCAGACCCAGGCAGUUAAAAAUGGUUGCAAAAAGCAUGUAAAUAGUACUAUGGGUAAUGGAUUUUUAAAAAGUUGAUUGAAACUUUGAGGCACUGUCAAGUGGCUUAAGCUGAAACUUUGGAUUUUCUAAAAGGUUUUUUUGUUUGUUUGUUUUACAAAAUUGAAUGUGAACAAUUAUGUUCUUAUAGAAGAUUUUCUGAUUUGGUUCGAUUCAAUGGAAAUAUUUUUCUCUAAUUUAAAUCAUCCCCUCACAGUUUUGGAAACCCACAGACAUCAGAACUGUUCUAAUGCAUGAGCAACAGAGAAUGAAACUGACUAUCGCCCCAGUCCUGCAACACUUAGGUGUGAAUAACUAUAAAUACAUGAGUUAUCCCCCUAAAGUUAAUGGGCUCCUCACAUUAAUGGGCCAAGCAUGUGACUAAGUGUUCGAAGGACUGGGGCCGACAGGCAGAAAAUGAACUUGAACAGCCCAGUGAGUGAUAUAAAUAAAGAAAACAACUGCCACAAAUAGUGAAAAAGAAAUUAUGGUUUUUUAAACGAUUUAGACCAUGAUCCUGCAAGGCAAUUCUCUUGGGCAGACCCCUGAUUGCAAAGGGAGUCUGGAUGGCCAUAAGGAAGUGCCUGCACAGAUCAGAUGAAAGGAUCAAGGCAUUAAAUCACAAUUAUGUGUUAUUAGAAACAUAGAUUAAGACAAAAAGAAAAGGAGGAUUAGUGACACCUUAGAGACUAACCAAUUUAUUUGGGCAUUUAUUUGAGCAUCCAAUGAAGUGAGCUGUACAGACUAACAUGGCUGCUACUCUGAAACCAUAGAUUAAGACACAUUUUUAAAGAAAUCUGAUUUUUCACCUUGACAGUGUCUCCCUCCAACCCACAAAGUGCUUUGUUUAAUUAACAUCCUGACUGGCCCAUCAUUUCAAAAGAGAACUAAGGAGAAAUGUCAUUCUUUAAAAGAAUCAGAUUGAAUGUCACAAAUAUUUGCCCGAUCUGGGUGUUAGAGACCAGUAUAGCAUUUUGCUAUAGUAAUAUAUUUUCAUAUAAAUAACUUUAUUAUCUUAUAGUACACGCUGUUUCCUUCAAGGUAGAGUAGACUUGGCUUACUGUUUCCAAAGUUUUAUAAUAAAAAUAUAAAUGAAUUAUACGCAACUGUAAUUCUGAGCUGAUUUCUGUGUGAAAAUGCACCAACCAUUGGCUACUCAGCCAUUUGAAUUGUUCGAUUAUGCUGGCUAAUAUGAAAGAAACCAUGUAGAUCCUGUAUAAGAAAAAGCAAUAUUUUGUAAUAGACAACGAUUUUAGUGAAUAUAAUUUCAAAGUGCAUUGAAAUAAGAAGAUAUGCCCCCAAGACAAAGAUGCCCAAACAAGAGUGAACUCAGUACAAGGGAGACCAGAGAAAGUAAAGCUAUAAGUCUCCCAGUUGGUGAUCUAUAAUUUGUUACCUGACAAAAACUGAACUAAAAUUCACAUGCUUCUGUCUGCCUUUCGAAAUGUAAGAAUCUUUGUAAAGUCAGAUUUUUCUGAGUUUCUUAUCCACUUUCAGUCAGGGGAAACAGUUGUUUCCUGUUUUGUUUUUUUAAAACACAAAAAGAAGAAGCAGUUGUGGAAACGUGGAAAUCCAGUGUUCAUCAGAUGACACACUGAAACUUUACUCCAGUGUAGAGGGUCUAUUCACUUAGAUUCAGCAGAAACUUUCAGGCUGUUAAGAUUUAUUUAUUCGUUGAUCUGUUGCCUGCCUGAAAGCAAAUGUUUGCUUUAACCGUAGCUGGCUUUGAUGUACGUAAACAUGCACUGGAUGCUUAAAGCUUUCAUGUGCAAGCUUCAGCCAAAAGAGAGGGUCAGAUGUUCUGAUGGAGGCAGCAGACAGGAGCUCUUCUGGGCAAUUUUAAGCCAGUUUUUAUCGUGAGCAAUGAAUUAGACUCUUUGAAUGUAAUGGUAACAUUCUCUCAUUUUUGGUUUUCUUCUGGCCAAUUUUAUUAAUCAUUCCUCUGAAAACACGGAAGCGUUCUCUCUCCACCAGCAGAGACAAGAAAUCUUUCUCCCACUGGACAUGUCAUUUUUGAUUUCCAGGCUUUCUAAAAUCUUCUUGCCUUUGAAACCAGAACAUCUUUUUAAGAUGGGUUCAGAAAUGGUUGGUGGGGUCCUCUGAUCAUCCAUAACUCUGGCUCAACCAUGAGUUGUGCUUGAGAAGGGAAAAACAUUUUUAUAUUGUGUUUCAUCCUCUGUGACAUUCUUAAGAUGUGUUAUAUGAUUGGCAGCCUCAGUAGAAUAGCCAAGAUCUGAGUGAGCCAUGGAGAAUGAAUGAUCCCUUACUGCCAGAUGUGGUCCCUCCACACCAGUGGCAAAUUGGGAGAGCUGUAUGUCAACAACUAGCCCAGUCUCCAGUUUUAUCAGCCCAGUGCCUUUCAGCAGCACUAAAUUCACUCCCUCCAAAGGGUUAGAUAGAAAACUAUUAAACCACCAACUGAGCAGUAUCUAUACAGUCCUGGAUCUUUCCUUGAAAGAUCUUGAAACCUGCCUUGAAGGGAGGAAAGGUGUUUUAUUAGAAUGUGAUGCUGAGAGAUUUAAAUGUGUUUCUAAAGCUAAUGCUAAAACACAUUAUAUAGUACAUAGGUUGGGGAAAGAGUGUCUGUACAUGUGGGUAUAGUGCUUAUAUUAUCCACAAAUACAAAGUUGGUUUUUUAAAUGCCAUAUGCUGCAGAGAGUACAUAAUCAGCAAUACCCCAAAUUUAGGUGAAUAGAUUUAUCAAUACAGUUUAGAAAUUAGAAUCCGAAUACUCAGGUACAUCACUCAUGAAAAGUUGUACAGAGCUUUGGUUGUUGCAUCACAAACCUCUGAGACUGGGUGUUAACACACUCCUCAAUGGCCAUAACUAUCAGUAUCAGGGGAGCUGGAACAAUUUGUAAAGUGGGGGUGCUGAGAGCCAUUGAACCAAACUGAAAACCGUCUACCACUUCAAGUCAGGGGGUGCUGCCACACACCUAAGACAAGGGGUUGUGAACCCACCUAGGAGUUUUGGGACUGAGUGAGGGGAGGGCUUUUGCAGAGUAUUGUUUUGGUGAAGCAGAUAGGGUGAGGGAAGGGAGCACACAAGACAGAGCAAGGCAGAGGUAAGAAAACCAAUGAGUAACCUUUGAGCAUAAUGUGAUCCUGGAAAAAGCUAGAGAGAAUUUUUGGAGUAUGUUGGUUAAAGAGAUCUGGGGCUGUACGCUAAGAAACUAUUGCCUUUUUGCUUGGUUCCUCCUGUAUUUGGAGAAGCAGGACUUUGAACAUUCCUUGAAAGUAAACAAGAUUGUAAAAAUACUGGACACCAUCACUUUCUACUUCCAACUAAUCAUCUGCACCAGGCCCCAAACUUUGGCUAACUGCUCAGGUCAGAAAGAGGCAAUGACAAGGAUCAAUGUUAUUGCAUGGAAUUCACUCAGUAGGGCAGGAAAUUCCCUGCGGGAGAGAUGGGAUUUUAAAUCUGCAGGACUGCAGUCAACCACCAUUGGAUGAGUUGGUCAACCAAGGUCUACUCAGCCCCCCCUCAGUUGCUGCCCAGGUGUGGAGAGCCCUUGGAACUUUUUGAGAAGAGUAGGGGACAGCCGCAGUGUCAUAGUCAAUAUUGCCACUCAUUUAACCAGCUUCUUAGCUCCCUCUUUCAGUGUCAGGCUGCAUUUCUGAGGGCCGUCAAUUCCCACCAUCUCCAAUAGGUGUUGAGGAGUCCUAAGCACCUUGCACGAUUGAGCCCCUGUGGUCAGAUAUUCAUCGUUCAGCAAGCACCGGUGGGGGCAGAUUUUCCAGAAAGCUCAGCUCCCACUUAGGCACCUAAAUAAGAGCCACAUUUUCCAAAGUACUCAGCAACUCCCGUAGUGCCACAGAUAGGCCAGAUUUUCAGAGGAGUUCUGCAUCCCGUGUGCACCAGACAGAAGACUUGGCCUUUACUGUCCAAGACAAUCCAGGAAUUGCUGCUGAAUGCAAGAUGGCCCCAACAAUUGGCGAUGCAGCAUCAGUUUCUAACUCAUCAGUUUGUAACUCAUUGCAAAGGGUUUAAAAUACCAUGAAAGGCAUGAAACAGGGGAAGGGGUAGCUCAACGGUUUGAGCAUUGGCCUGCUAAACCCAGGAUUGUGAGGUCAAUCCUUGAGGGGGCCAUUUAGGCAUCUGGGGCAAAAACUGGGUGCUUUGAACAGGGGGGUUGGACUAGAUGACCUCCUGAGGUCCCUUCUGAUCCUGAGAUUAUGUAACAAGCAAGUUAUACACUAUAAAUCAAGAAAUUGAAUUUCUGUUGAUUCUUGCAGCAUUAUAAAAGUUAUGUUAACAUUCCAGGGCCUGUCAUUUUAGUGCUCCCCAAACAAUGUGCUUUCACUGAUCUUAAAAAGUUUUAUAUUAAAACGUCAGUAAACCUCCUGAAAGUGCACACCGUAUAUUUAUUGAUACUAUAUUUAACUAACUGGUAUUAUGUCUUAGUCUUUAUGUAACUGUUAUAAUGACAUGAUAUAAAAUUGAUCUUUAGCUCUACCAUAUUUAGCAGUUGUAAUAAAAUGUGGGUUUGAAACAUGCUGUAUGAUAUAAUUUAUAGU